AGUUCAACAUUUAACAAGAAAGGAAGCACACGCAUCCAAUAUAAUAUUUGUGUGUUAAGAGUGAUCUGUGUAUUUCAGUGUAUUCGGAAAUCAUAGUAAUUAAAAGUGAUAAUGCCUUCUGAGGUGAUAACAGACAAGUCACUCCAGCGCGAGCUUGCUGACUCUAUCAUCCGCAUGGUGCCGUUGGAUGAAAUAAGGAUUCUUCUUGCUUGUGGAGCUAAGGUCAAUGAACCUGUGACUCAAGGUCUACGUCCCCUGCACUAUGCGAUUUGGCAGCGAUACCUGGAAGCGACAAGGCUGCUCCUGGUACGCGGGUGUGACAUCAACGCCACUGAUGAUUGUGGUUAUAGCGCUCUCCAUCUGUCGGCAGAACAUGGGUACACAGAACUAGUGAAACUCUUACUCGAAAGUGGUGCUGCUGUCGACUAUAGACAAGAUACUGCUGAAGAAUUCCCAAGAACCACUUUGUGCGAUGAACCACUACGUCUCGCUAUACGGAAUAAACACUAUGCCGUAGCACGUUUAUUAUUGGAACAUGGUGCAGAUCCCAAUAAAAGAUACUUUUUUGGAUCUGAAAUCAAUCUGGUGUCAGACCCUGAAUACUUGGAGCUGCUGCUCAUGUUUGGUGCAAAUCCUGACUCAAGGGACCGAGCUGGUCUGACACCGCUGAUGAAAGCUGCCCGGCAACGAAAGGGAAUCGAAUCAGUAUUGCUGCUUCUCAGCUAUGGAGCAGACAUCAACGCGUUAACAGACGCGCGAAAUGAUUACAGAACUGUCAUGCACUAUGCUGUUUUGAGUGGAAAUACCGAAGUAGUUAACCUCUUGAUAAAGCAAGGCGCGAAAGUCAACUAUGAAAGUCCAGACCUGAACAAACCAUCGCCUAUUGACCUUGCCAUACUGAAAGGAGACGUGGAUGUAGUUCAGAUGUUAUUAAAAGCUGGUGCCCAUGUAAACGCAUCAAGUUCUGUAAUAGGCACUCCUCUCCAUGUAGCCUGCUCUGAUAAUAUAUCUAACAGGAAGGAAAUUGUUAAGAUUCUACUUGAAAGUGGAGCAGACCCAAAUCAAAAGGUGUACAAUGAAGAUGAUGGGGCUCAACUAAGACCGGCACUGGCGGAAUACUUAGCUAGCAACACUGAGCCAGACGCUGAUAUUGUCUAUGCUUUGUUGAGAAGUGGUGCUAGGGUAAUAAUGAAAACUCAAUUUCGGGAUCCGGACGGCAUACUCAACCACCUUCAAAACGUCACGCUAGAAGAGUACCAACAUAUCUACUAUCUCCUUUUAAACGCCGCGGAAUCCUUUGACCUCUGCAUGAUAAAAAGAAACAACAUUCUUACACCAACGCAAAAAGAAGCUUUAAUCAAACGUGCAAAGACUCCAAUUGCCUUGCUUGGGCAAGUUAGAAUAUUUAUGCGUAAAAUAUUUGGUACAGAACUUGCAAAAGUUGUUAAGAAGUUGGACAUACCUACCAUUCUCCAUCGCUACCUGCUUUUUGAGUGUAGUUAAAAAAGUUGAGGUUGCUUUUAUGGCUUUUUCUGUUGUCUAUGGCUGUGUUGCCAGUAGAUAAAUUUUGUCCGAAAUUCGGGAAUAACUGUCCUCAGGUACUGACGGAUUUAAGAAUAAAGUUAUAUCAAUGAGGAUUUUUUACGUAAAAUAAGACUAAAUAUUUUACUAAGAUUAGAUUAGAAUUAUUAUUGUAUUGAAAGUGUCCAAGGGUUUUUAACUAUAUCGUUUAAAAGUCAUAUUUUAUAUAUUUAUUAAUGUCUCUCAAGCAUUACAUAUUUUAUUUACUUGAGGUUUAUAUAUUUACUUUUUAAUAUUUUAUUUACAUUUUCAUUUAAAUAUAUGGAACUAUAUAUGCACAUCGUUUGCUUAAACUUCAAAAACUAAGCUUUAUUGAGAAAUCCUAAAACGUACUUAAUCAUUAUCUCAGAUGGUUUCAUUAUUUGUCAGAAAGAGUAGAAUUAAUACUUUAUUAAAAUGGCGCAGACCGAUUAUUAAGUGAAGAGAAGAAAAUUUUAGUUUACGGGGAAAUAAUUAAACUUUAAACGUUAUACUGUAAAUGUAAAUCAUUACUGAACUUUUACUAGGUUCAAAAAUGUGAUAUAUUUGUGAUAUAAUAUUAGAUUUAAGAUGUUUACUUGAUCGAUUCAACGCUAUUACGUUAUUAAAUAUUUUUAAAUUCUUA